ACUACUUUUAUGAACGGAAUUCACUUUUGUCAAUGACAGAUCAUAGUUUUUAGAACUUAAUCGAUUCAGAGUGGAAUCCUUUUAUAGUAAAAAAAUUCAGUUUCAAUAAAUCAGGCUAAGUUUUGUAUUAUAAAUGGAAGUUGUUAGAUCAGCGGUCUUUUCAUUUAAAGUAUUUUUUAUUCUAUGUUUAUUAUGCGUAGAUUUCUCUACAGAAGUUAUUCAACUUCUAACAGAAAAGGAGAGAGAAAUGUCAGCACAAUAUGCGGAAGAUUAUCUGAAGAAGUUUGGCUACCUUCAGGGUGACAAUACCACCAGCAAUCAACCAUUUGCGCUCAUGGAUUCCCAUUUCAAAUCUACUGAUGUGUUUAAAAAUUUACCUAGUUCUGGUAACAUAUCUAAUCAGACUGGUUCAAUGGAUGGAGCCAGUGUGAAGACUUUACAAUGUGGAGUACCUGACAUCCUACCGAGUGAUCGCAGAAAACGAGAAGCUGCUUGGAAAUUUGGUUGGAACAAAGCUGUGAUUACCUAUUUUGUCGGUGAAACCUACAAGAUAUCAAGAGAUGCAGCAAGAAUCGAGUUGAAAGAUGCUUUUGAUUUUUGGGCAAAACAAUCCAAGUUGACAUUUGUUGAAAUAUCUGAAGAAGAUAAAGCUGAUAUUGUUAUCCUUUUUCGAUCCAAAAACCACGGUGAUAUGUUUCCCUUUGACGGUAAAGGACAUAACCUGGCCCAUGCUUUUCCUCCAAGUGACUACCAUGGUCUAAGCGGUGACAUACAUUUUGAUAAUGAUGAAAACUGGGUAAUCAACAACCUAAAUCAAUAUGAUACAACCGACUUUUUCUCUGUUGCCAUACAUGAGAUAGGUCACAGUCUUGGCUUCUCGCACACUGAAAUACAUGAAAGUGUUAUGCACAAGCAAUACAAGCCUAUUGACAAGAAAACCUUCAAAUUCACUUAUGAUAUUAUCAGAGGACUCUACGAGAUGUACCAAUUGAACAGGAAAAUCGACUGGUCGAACACAAAUUACAUUCCCGGUACAACCUUUCGACCAAGAAUCAAUUGGUCUCCCAUAACACCUCGGAUAGAAACUAUUAGGCCUUACUAUCCUGACAGACCUGAUUAUCCUAACAGACCAGAUUAUCCUAACAGACCUGAUUAUCCUAACAGACCUGAAUAUCCUAACAGACCUGAAUAUCCUAACAGACCUGAUUAUCCUAACAGACCUGAUUAUCCUAACAGACCCGAUUAUCCUAACAGACCUGAUUAUCCUAACAGACCUGAUUAUCCUAACAGACCUGAUUAUCCAAACAGACCUGAUUAUCCUAACAGACCUGAUUAUCCUAACAGACCUGAUUAUCCUGAUAUGCCUCAUCAUCCUGACCCACGUACAAGACCUAUGGAGACUACCACCCUUAGAAAUUCACCUGAGACUACUACGAGCUUCAUUGAUGAUUUUGAGACCAUUGAAAAGCACAUGGAACAUGAUCAUUCCCAUAAUAUUCCUGGGAAGGUCGAUCCUGUAAUGUAUUGUAACAACCAAAUACCAGACAAUCCUCCUGACUUCUGUGCCGGAAACUUUGAUUCCGCUGCUGUGAUAAGGGGAGAGCUUUAUAUAUUCAAACAAGGGUACUUGCUUACUUUGAAGAAACGUGGCCAACUGAAACACAACCCUCAGAAAUAUCUGUAUUCAGUCUUCAGAAACAAAACCACUCCAAUGCUAAAUUGCAUAGAUGCUGUUUAUGAGAGGCCAAACGAUCAUCGGUUUGUCAUGUUCACAGGCGCCUGGUAUUGGGUAUUCGAUGACAACAUGAAUAUGCUGGAGAACAGUCCUCAGCCAAUCACAAGAUAUGGAAUUUCACAAUAUGUGACCAAAAUCGACGCAGUUAUGGUAAAAGAUGGUAAGACGUUCCUGUUUGAAACGGGCAAAUAUUGGCGCUUUGAUGAUGUGAAGAAGAGACUGGAUGAAGGAUAUCCUCGUUCUACGAGCUUUUUUCUUGGUCUACCAUCGAAGAUUGAUGCUGCAUUCACUUGGACUGAUAACACGAUUUACUUUUUCAAAGAUAAUGAAUUUUGGAGCCUGAACAAGGAAUGGAAGCGAGUCGAGAAUCUACAUGGACAGUCCGCCUCCAAAUACUGGCUGAAUUGUGAUCAUUGAAAAACUAUAUAUCUUGAGUGUUAGAAUAGAAUGACUUUCCUAUUUGUUGACGUGGCGAAGUAUGAACUCAAUGCCCACUUUACCACUUAACCACGUCCUUAGCAGUAAAUACUAAUACAAUGCAAGAAAAAUACAGAGAUAAUGAAGACAUCGAAACAAAGAACGACAAUAGAAUGCAAUAAAUAUGAGAGUUCAAUAUCGGAAAUUGAAAUCUUAGAGAAUUAAGUGUUUUUCAAAAAAGCCUUCUCUGAUUGGUUCUCGUGAAAUCAAUCACGAUUAAAAUUUAACUGUUCAUUUAUCUGAU